AUGUUCUCUCCGGGCCCAGCCUUUGUCAGGCCGUUCGCUUUACGGACCUCCGUAUCGAUAAAGUGCCCCACCGCUUCCUUCCGAACCCCCACAUUCCACAUGCGACCCCUCACGAUCGACACUCUCAACCCCGCCUUCGACAAGGUCCAGUACGCCGUGCGUGGCGAACUCGCGAUCAAGGCCGAGGUUCUGCGAGACAAGCUCAAAGAGCCGAAUCAUGGCCUCCCCUUCGACAAAGUCAUCUCGUCCAACAUCGGGAACCCGCAGCAGAAAGGCCUCGACCAACCACCCAUUACCUUCACAAGACAGGUCGCUGCCCUCAUGGAAUGGCCGGAGCUCGCCAAACUCGCACCUCACGCGUUCCCCAAGGAUGUAAUCGAACGUGCCAACGAACUCACCGCCGAGAUCGGAUCCAUCGGAGCGUAUUCGCACAGCCAGGGUGUCCCAUUCAUCCGCAAAAACGUCGCAAAGUUCAUCGAAGAACGCGACGGCUAUCCAUCCAAUCCCAAUCACAUCUUCCUCACCGGCGGAGCGUCCGCUGGCGUGUCGCUCAUGAUUAACAUGCUCAUCUCGUCACCCAAGGCUGGCUUCCUCAUUCCUAUUCCCCAGUACCCCCUGUAUACUGCUUCUCUCGCCCAGCACCAGGGUCGCCCGAUACCCUACUACCUUGACGAGUACUCUGACUGGUCGACGUCGGUCGAGUCCAUCGAGGCGGCGAUUGAAAAAGCACAUAGCGAAGGCGUGGAGCCCAAAGGGCUUGUUAUCAUCAACCCGGGCAACCCCACGGGCGCACUCCUCGACGAGACGACGCAGGAGCAGCUCGUGCAGCUGUGCGAGAAGCACUCGCUUGUGCUCAUGGCAGACGAGGUGUACCAAAACAACCUGCACAAGGCCAAGACGCACCCAUUCACCUCGUUCAAGAAGGUUGUCUCGAAGCUUCAGUCGCCUAUCCCCCUCGUGUCGUUCCACUCUAUCUCCAAGGGCGUGUCAGGAGAGUGCGGCCGGCGCGGCGGGUACUUCGAGUGCACCAACUUCUCCGAGGAGGUGGUCGCGCUCAUCUACAAGAUGGUGUCGGUCGGCCUGUGCCCGCCUCUGGCAGGCCAGAUCGGCGUCGACUCGAUGGUACGCCCGCCCAAGCCCGGGCAGGAGAGCUACGAGCUAUGGAAAAAGGAGACGGACACGAUACACGUGGCGCUUGCCUUGCGCACACACACGAUGGCAGAGCGACUGAACGCGCUGCCGGGCGUGUCGUGCGUUGACUCCCCUGGAGCUCUGUAUUUGUACCCGCAGAUCAAGCUCUCAAAGAAGGCCCAGGAGGCGGCGGAGGCGGCGGGCAAGGUCCCUGAUGCCUUUUAUGCCCUUGCUUUGCUUGACCAGACGGGUAUCUGCGUGGUACCUGGCAGCGGAUUCGGGCAGAAGGAGGGAGAGUGGCACUAUCGCCUGACGUGCUUGUGCCCCGGUGUGGACGAAUACGUCGGGAAACUGGAAAAAUUCCACUUCGAGUGGGUCACGAAAUACGGCGAAGCGUAA